AUGACUUCCCAAAGGCAAAGAACCACCAAACGUGCCAUUGACGAUCAAUAUGGUGCAACCAACACUACUAUCUCCACCUCUGUUAAUAAACGGCUUAGGGAGGCGAUGAGUGUUUCAAGUGUCGCUAGCAGUGUGAGGUCGGGAUCACCUACAGAGCUGGAUACUGACCAAGAAUCCUUUCAUGGCCCCUCGGGCUAUCGAGAUGGCCCAUUGAGCUCGCCCGGGGGCCAAAUAUUGGUAAACGGCGUUUUAGAAAGCCCACAGCCGUGGAUUGACUUCGACGAUCACCCAGUGGCGGAGGAGGACGAGGUAGAUGUCUAUGAGGACGAUUAUGACGACUAUGAAGAGCCCGGGGACGAAAAUACCCCACCCGUGAUGCCCUUAUCUGAACGAAGGGUGUCUCCACCACCUCCGCCAACACGAGCACGGCCUACACGGGCACCACCACCACGGGCACCGCCAGUACCCAGCCAGGGAAUUCGUGCUGGUAAGAGGCCAAGGGAGGCUCCUGUAGCCUCCGCCAGGUCUGUUGCAGCCUCUAGGAGAAGAAUUAGUAGCACAGCAGCCGAAGCAAUUGUUUCAUCUGCCGUGGGAGUUAAUACAUAUGGAAGCCGUACGACGGUUACUUCAAAAAGGUCGGGGACUCCCUCCCGAGCCAUGAGCAGGGCUUCCCUAGCUUCCGAGCCCGCGUCUACAUUACCAAGCACCUCAUUUCGUUCGUCUAGUACAUUGCGAAAUGAACAUCACAUUGAACGUACACCUCCGCCUUCUCAGCCCUAUCGUGCAACCCCACCCACGCAAGCAUGUGCCACACCAGCGCCAGAGUCAGUUUACGGCUCUGACAGGGGGGACGUGCCAGCGGAGGCAAAGCCGAUUAUCAGGUAUGCUAAGGAGCUUCUCUCGCGGCAUACAUUGCUUGAGGAGCCUUGGCCAAUGCCUGAAUCUCUUACCGUUAACGUUCGGCGAUUUUGGUCGGAGGCUAACGUUCAUUUUAAUACAAACAUAACCCUAAUUAACAGCGCGAAGAGUGAGGUUCAAAUCGCAAGUUCACGAGUGAGAUCGCACCUUGUGUUUGCAAUCAAAGACUUUGUCGCAAAAGGCCUCUUAUACGGCUUGAAGGACCUAACAACCCCAGAGACGAGGGCUGACAAAGUUAACUAUCUACUCGAGAAUGAUCGUUUCAUUAGUGACCCCGACAACUAUGCCAUGCGUGGAGCGAAGGAUCCUAAGUUCGUAGAUGAUAUAUCCCCGGAAUUCAUCUGUCUAGUUUGCACUGCUAUUUGGUUUGUUUUGCGAUGUUGGACAAAGGGCAAUUAUGUGGAAGGAAUGCACUUUAACCCCAGCCAGAAUACCGAUAUCCUGUUAACGUACGCCAGAAUGUUCAACACGUGGAGAAGAAGAACAGAGGAAAACCAGCUGGGGACUCUGGAGAUUGAGGAGUUGCGAGGCCCUCGAGAGGUGAUAUCCAAGGUUGGAAGGGAAGAGGACGAUGUGCAGUUGGCAGUAGACAUCGCGGCGUGGAGGGCCGCGAAAGCGCGCCGGAAGGCUCAGCGGAACCAGGCUAUUUUAUUGGGGACUGAUGAUGCCUCAGAAAACCCGGUGGCGACGGGGAGGGAUUUGGGCGCGGCCAAGGCUCAAGAAGCCUCGACAAAUGCCUCUGGCGACGCGUUGCCAGGGGAUAAAUGA